CAACAUAAAUACGUACAUAUGUGAUCAUAUACUUCCGGGCGAAUGUCAAACCUGCUGGAUUCAAGGUUGAAUUUAAAUAGAAAUAAAAUAAUAGUCAAUUGAAUUAUUUAUCAAGAAUUUUUUUUUAAAUAUAAAAAAAAAAUAUGAAUGUCAAUGAUUAUGAAGAUGAAGAAGAGGAUGUUAAUAAAAAAUUACAAGAAAUAUUGGCUGAACAUAAAGCUAAAAAAGAAAUUGAAAGUGAUGAUAGUGAAAUUGAAAUUGAAAGUGAAAUUGAAAGUGAAAUAGAUGAAUAUGAUAAUAAAAAAUUUAAAUUUCAUUCAUCAACAUUUGCUGAUUCUGAUUCUGAUUCUUUAGAUUGUGAAAUUGAUUUACCAAAUGAUGAUUCAAAUGAUCAAGAAACAAUUAAUAGCAAUAAUGAAUUAAUAAAUAUUGAAAAAUCAUUAAAAUUAAAUAUUGAAUUAAUGGAAAAAUAUAAAAAAGCAAGAUUAAUUAUUGAAAAAAAAUUAAUAAAAUGUAAAAAUGAAAUUGAAGAAAUUAAUUUAGCAACACAAAUAACAGAUAAAAAAAUUAAAAAUAUACCAUAUACACAAUGGACAAAAGUUGGUAUGCCAUAUUUUAAAGAUUCCCAAAUGUUUUCAGCACCAUUAAAUAUUGAUGCUAAAACAAAAAUAAAUAAAAAUGAAUUAAUGGUUGUUUAUCAAUCAAAACCAAAAAGAUGGAGUGGUAGAGAUCGUCGUGAAUUAUUAAAAAAAAUACAAAUUGAAUCAUCAAGUUCAAGUUUUGAAUUUGUUAUUGCUGAAAAUUUAAUGUCUGAUAAUUUAUCAAUUCAAAAAAAAAGUUUUAAUGAAAUUGUUGGUCCACUUGGUACACGUGAAUUUGAUUGGAUGAAAUUAUCUGUUGAUUUAUUUUAUCAUCGUCAUACUGCUGAAGAAUUACGUGUUAUGUGGAAUGUAUAUUUACAUCCUGAUAUUAGUAAAAAAAAAUGGAAAACAAAAGAAGACAAUGAUUUAAAAAGAAUAGCUAAUAAAUAUAAACAUCAAAAUUGGGAUUUAAUUGCUGAAAAAUUAAAUACAUCAAGAUCUGGUUAUCAAUGUUUUAUAAGAUACAAUACAAUUUUAAAAUGUAUGAAAUCAAAUGACAAAGAUAAACCAUGGUCAAAAGAAGAAAAUAUUAUAUUAAAUAUAUGUAUUGAUAAAUUAAAAAUUGGUGAUUAUAUACCAUGGAGUAUUGUUGUUUAUUAUAUUGAUGAUCGUACAAAAAAUCAAGUAUAUAGCCAUUGGAAAUAUAGUAUUGAUCCAACAUUAAAAAAAGGUAGAUUUACAUGUGAAGAAGAUCAAAUAAUACUUGAUGGUGUUGCUAAAUAUGGACGUAAUUAUUCAAAAAUAUCAACAAAAUUAAUGCCACAUAGAACAAGUGUACAAAUUGCAUCACGUUUUCGUUUAUUAUUAUUAAAAACUGAUGAUAAAUUUAAUUUAUGGACACUUGCUGAGGAUAAAAAAUUACUUGAACUUUAUAAACAACAUGAAUCACAAUGGAGUCUUAUUGCUAAAAUUAUGAAAAAAGAUAGAACAUAUUUACGUCAUCGUCAUUUAGCAUUAAUGCGUUAUAUUAAUAAAGGCUAUAGUUUAAAAUCAAUACCAAGAAAACGUCUUGUUGAUGAAAUUGAAAAUAGACAAAAUGCAAAUGCUACAGAUGUUGAUGUUGUUGAUGAUGUUGAUGAUGAUGAUGAUGUUGAUAUUGCAUAUGAUAGUGAAAUGAAUAAAAUUGAUGAUAAAAUAUUGGAAUUUAUUAGAGUUUCACAUUUACCAACAAUGAAACCAAUUGGUGGACAAAUUAAAAUUGAAAAUUAUUAUGAUCCAGUUAAAUCAGCUAAAGAAUUGUAUAAUAUAUUUUCAUCAUUAUCAGCAAAACUUGAAGUACCAGAUGAUUUAAAUAUCAGUGAAUUAAAUGACAAUGAUAUUGAUAUAUUAACAACAUAUAAAAAAAUUUGUCAAGGUACAUUAACAACAAAUAAAAUUGAAGAAUAUCGUAAAAAAAUGUUUCCAUUAAAUUUAACACCAUCAACAUCAAAUGACGUACAACAUUUUAUACCACCAGCACCAUUUGGAUUAUAUCAAAAUCGUAAUAAAAAAAUUAUCAAAAAUAGUAAUAUUAAUUCAAUAGAAAUUGAUGAAAAUUUUAAGUAUGAUUUAUCAAUGAAUAAUAUAGAAACACCAAAUAUUAUUGAUGAAAAAAUUGAUGAUAAAGAAAAAAGGGUGUUUGAUAAGCUGUCAUUAUUAUUUGGUGAUGAAUGUUUGAAAAAACGUGAAUGUAAAAUUGAAAAUAGAAAUGUAUUAUUAAAUUCUAAUAAUAAGAAUGAUAGUGAUGUUGAUAUUGAUAUUGAUGGUGAUGAUGAUGAUGAUGUUUAUCAUGAAGUAACAAAAAAAAAAAUUGAUAAAAUUUGGUUGCCAUAUGAUAAAAAUGAUAAUAUUAUUCGUGAUCGUAGUUUUUUUGAGCCAUCAUUAACAACAAUUAUUGGCUUUGAUGCAAUACAAAAUAUGAAAAAAAAUAAAGAAAAAUUACACUGGUCUAAAAAUGAUAUUAAAAAUAGUAAAACAAAAAUAACGACAAAUGGUAAACGUGCAUUUCAUACAUUUCGAAAUCGUUUUUUAAAAUUAUUUAAAUAUCCAAUUGGUUUAGCAAAUAUAUUACCAAUUGAAAUUGGUUUACCAAGUGAUGCUCAGCAAGAUGACGAUGAUGAUGAUGAUGAUGAAGAUCAGUAAUUAUUAAUUAUAAUUAAAUGAUAAAUUAAUCUUUUUGUAUUUGUUUUGUAAUUAAGUUUAUCAAUAUUUAUUUAUUCUUUUUUUUUAAAUAUACAAUAAAAAAAUAUUUGUUUUAGUUGUCAAU